AUGGGCGAGGAAUUCGACAGCGACGACAGAGCAGCCAGGGUGGGGCCAGCGGCAGAGCGAACGGAGGCGGAGACGGUGGAGAAGCUCGCCGGAGUCGUCCCGGUGCCUGUCGACCUUGCUGUGCCUGUCCUUCGAAGGCGACUUCUUCACCGCGAGCGGGCCGUUGGUUCCGCCGCCGGCGGAACCAGGAACAAUGGCCGUGAAGGAAGUUGUGGUGGCAGUGGAAGGAGGGGGAGCGGAGGAGGCAGGGGAGGGUAG